AUGCGCAGGUACCCCCCAAGUAUUCAUGCUGUCUUCCUUUGGCUUCCAGGUGUGGCUCGUCCUUUCUCGCACCCGGAUCAGGAGCAGGGCAGGGAGAAGAUGCCUUACUCGGUGGAAACCCCCUACGGCUUCCUGCUGGAUCUGGACUUCCUCAAGUAUGUGGACGACAUUGAGAGGGGCCAGACCCUCCGGAAGCUGCCCCUCCACCGCAAAGCGAAGGGGUUCAAGCAAUCCCAGAGUGACCCCCGCAGCCCAAUGGGGGGCUGGGCCUCUACCGAGUCCCUGUCCUCCACCACCAGCGAGGACGGGAAGCCCCCCUUCUCCCCACGGCCCCGAACGGCUUCCUACGGAACCAAGGACCUCGCCGGCAAAGACGGCUCCUUCCCAACAUCUCCUGCGCCCGCCGCCCAACGUCUCCCUCCAGCGUCUCCUGAUUCCGUGGGGAGAGGCCGCCGGGUGGAGACCACCUUGCUGGAGACCAGCAGGCGGCUGGAGGAGGCACAGCUGAGUUUGCUGACCGGUGGGGGGCCUGCGGUGCCCAAGAGGACGGACAGCACUUCCAAAAGCAGCGCGUGUCCCCCCAACUCCGCGUCCUCUCUCUCCGGGGACAGCCAGGCUGAGUCCGUGAAGACAAGCCCCCCCAAUUCAGGAAGGAGCACCCCGGUUCCAGCCGUCAGCCCCGCGCACCUCCAUCAUGUCCGGGAGCAGAUGGCUGCUGCCCUUAAACAGCUAAAGGAGCUGGAGGAGCAGGUGAAGAUGAUCCCCCUCCUGGAGGAGCAGAUCUGCCAGCUGAAGCGGGAGAAGGAGCAGAUGGCGGCUGGCUUGGGGGAGAAGGGGGAGGUUGAAGUCGAUGAGACGGGCGUCUUCCGCUUCCCCCCAAGACAAGCCCUCAAAAAUGGGGCUGCUUGUCUGGACAGAGGAGGGCCCCAUCUUGAGAGUGAGGGAGAGGCGACCAAAGGAAGGACAAGUAAGAUUGCAGAGCUGAAGAAACUGACCGAGAGGCUGACCGGUCCAGAGAGGCCUGGGAAGAGCAGAGGAGGGGGGCGGCCCUCAAGAGCAGAGCAGCCCAGCCAGAGGUCCGUCGGAGUCGGAGAGGAGGGAGACAUGAGUGACGUCGUUUGCUACUACCGGAGCCAAAGGCCGUGCCGGGAAGUGGCCGUUGGGUUCGAGACGGAGACCUGCGACGCAGAGGUGUGGGUGAUGGAGUCCUUCCUUGGGGUCUCGUCGGCCGCAGAGGAGGAGAUGCAGCUGGUGCAGCAGAGAGUCCAGCAUCAACAGGCCGUCAUCGCCAUGCUGGAGGGGAACCUCAAGGCGGCCACCGAGGAACUGGAGGAGUUGAGGGUGGAGGUUUGCUCCCGCAGGCCAGGCAGCCUGGUCAGCCGAGCGACCUUAGCCUGUCCGGAGACGGCUGAAGCCUGCGUGGAGGCCGUGACGUCCACCAGGUGCCAGGCUGUGGGCAGCCACGUCGAAACGGUGGAGGUCGGUGUCCAGAGCUUUCAGCAUGUGUCCCACGUAGGAGUCGGUUGCAACUUGCAAGGGGACUCGAAUGCAGAAGCAAAACUCGCCAAGGACUCACAACGGAGAAUGUCACCGAUCCCCCUGGGGACGGAGCAAGAGGGCCAGAAAGGGCACCGCGGACCCACAAUGGCAACGCCUCAUCGUGGCACAGCUGAGGAGGGGUCUGGCUCAGAAGACUCCCGUGGCACGGAAGGGACACCAGUCCAGCUGGCUAUGAAGACCACAGAACUGGAUACCGGCCCAUCAUUGCCCCUGGGAAUGAGUGGCAAGCGCAGCCAUGAGCCCAAUGGAGCACAGGGGGUUUCGGGGACUGGUG